AUCCAAGCAUGUGCUCUUUCUGAUGGAGGAAAGCCUGUAAGGCAAGACAAGACUUCCUUCCCUUCCUGCAGAGACGUGCGACUCCAGAGGGGCAACAGGUGUUCACGAUACCAGCAGUUUUGUCUCCAGCAGUCCUCUCCCACAUCCACCACUCAGCUAUGUCUGGUGAUGUUCUGCAACGCUUCAGCACCUUGACCUUGAACAUCAAGCACCUCCGCCGGCUCCCCCCUCUGUCAGACCUCGUCCCUGCCUCGGUGCCGUCGCCCAGCCCCACCGUCACCGCCUCCCAGGUGCCCAGCCUGUUCCGAGAACCCUACAUCCUUUCAGGCUACCGUCCCGUCCGGCAGGAUUGGCGCUGCUACCUCCUCAGCCUCUUCCAGAGACACAAUGAGUCCCUGAACGUGUGGACUCAUUUGCUUGCAGGUCCUGUGCUGCUGGUCCGCUGGUGGGCCAACGUAGUCACCCUGGGGUACACCUUGGACGCAGCAGCUCUACCUCUGAGCCUCUUCUUGGUGUCUUCUUUCACCUACCUGUUCUUCAGUGUUGCAGCUCACCUCUUACAGUCUCACUCCGAACGCGCACACUACUUCUUCUUCUUCAUGGACUAUGUGGGUGUAGCUGUGUAUCAGUAUGGUUGUUCACUUGGACAUUAUUUCUACACGUCAGAGGCAGCGUGGAGAGAAAGCUACAUAGGGCUGUUGUUUCUACCCGGAGCUGCCUUCUUUGGGUGGUUCUCCUGUGCUGGCUGCUGUUUCGCCAAAUCCAGGUACAGGCGGCCGUACCCACUGCGGCGUAAAAUCUGCCAGCUUAUCCCUACCACCCUAGCAUACCUGCUGGACAUCAGCCCCGUAGCCCACCGCCUGUUCACCGUCUCCUGGACACAAGAGCCCUCCCUGCCCUUCCACGCCCUCCAGAUUGCCUCCUUCCUGCUGUCCGCCCUCUUCUUCUCCUGUCCCAUCCCCGAGCGCUUCUUCCCGGGCCGCUGCGACUUUGUGGGCCAGGGUCACCAGAUCUUCCACCUGUUUCUGUCCCUGUGCACCGUGUUCCAGCUGGAGGCUUUGUUCCAGGACUACGCCAGGCGGAGGGAUACGGUGGUGGAGGUAUUUGGAGAGAGACAGCUGUGGUGGGGUUGUGUGUCCUUCCCCGUUCUGUUUCUGUGCUGCAUCCUGACAGCACUCAUCACAAUGAGGCGCACGAAUAAACAACUGCAGGGUGAAGAAGAGAGAGACAAGUGACAUGUUUGUGUUAGCAUGUGUUUAUGUGGGUGUGUGUGAGAGAGUGAGAGAGUGAGAGAGAGAGAGAGAGAGCAAAAGAAUGAGUAGGGUUUAAAUAUACCAAAUAAUAA